AUGACAAAAGUCGAACACAAGGUUGUCCACGAAGCCUCCAACGUCGAGGCCAGACACGCCCCAGAACAUUUCUACAAAUCUCAACCGAACAAAGGUUUCGUCAACGAUUUGGAGCACUACAAAGAGCUUUACGCCAAAUCCAUUGAAGAUCCAGAAGGUUUCUUUGGUCCUUUGGCUAGAGAAUACUUGGACUGGGAUAAAGAUUUUAACAAAGUUCAAAGCGGUUCUUUAGAAAACGGUGAUGUUGCUUGGUUCCUUAAUGGUGAAUUGAAUGCUUCUUACAACUGUGUCGAUAGACACGCGUUUAUCAACCCAGCUAAACCAGCUAUCAUUUAUGAAGCGGAUGAUGAAAAAGACAACAGAAUUAUCACUUUUGGUGAAUUAUUAAGACAAGUUAGUGAAGUUGCCUCAGUUCUGAAAAGUUGGGGUGUUAAGAAAGGUGAUACCGUUGCUGUUUAUUUACCAAUGAUUCCAGAAGCUGUUGUCGCUAUGUUGGCGGUUGCAAGAUUAGGUGCUAUUCAUUCAGUUAUCUUUGCAGGGUUCAGUGCUGGUUCUUUAAAAGAUCGUGUUACUGAUGCUGGUUCAAAAGUUAUCAUUACCUGUGAUGAAGGUAAAAGAGGUGGUAAAACUGUUCAUACUAAAAAAAUCGUUGAUGAAGGUUUAAAUGGUGUUGAUUCAGUGGAAAAAAUCCUUGUUUUCCAAAGAACAGGUUCUCAAGGUAUCCCAAUGAAAGAAGGUAGAGAUUUUUGGUGGCAUGAAGAAACCUCUAAAGCUAGAGGUUAUUUACCACCAACUCCAGUUAAUUCUGAAGAUCCAUUGUUUUUGUUAUAUACCUCAGGUUCUACUGGUUCUCCAAAAGGUGUUGUUCAUACCACUGCUGGUUACUUAUUAGGUGCUGCAUUAACUACUAAAUAUGUCUUUGAUAUCCAUCCAGAAGAUGUCUUAUUCACUGCUGGUGAUGUCGGUUGGAUUACUGGUCAUACUUAUGCUCUUUAUGGUCCUUUAACUUUAGGUACUGCUACAAUUAUUUUCGAAUCUACCCCAGCUUAUCCAGAUUAUGGUAGAUACUGGAGAAUUAUUGAACGUCAUAAAGCUACCCAUUUCUAUGUUGCCCCAACUGCUUUAAGAUUAAUUAAAAGAGUUGGUGAAGAAGAAAUUGGUAAAUAUGAUUUAAGCUCUUUGAGAACUUUAGGAUCUGUUGGUGAACCAAUUGCACCAGAUUUAUGGGAAUGGUAUAACGAAAAAAUUGGUCAAGGUAGAUGUGUUGUUUGUGAUACUAUGUGGCAAACUGAAUCAGGUUCUCAUUUAAUUGCUCCAUUGGCAGGUGCUGUCCCAACAAAACCAGGUUCAGCUACUGUUCCAUUCUUUGGUAUCAAUGCUGCUAUUAUUGAUCCAGUUACUGGUGAAGAAUUGAAAGGUAAUGAUGUUGAAGGUGUUUUAGCUGUCAAAGCACCAUGGCCAUCAAUGGCUAGAUCAGUUUGGAAUAACCAUUCUCGUUACAUUGAAACUUAUUUGAAACCUUACCCAGGUUAUUAUUUCACAGGUGAUGGUGCUGGUAGAGAUCAUGAUGGUUACUACUGGAUUAGAGGUAGAGUUGAUGAUGUUGUUAACGUUUCAGGUCAUAGAUUAUCUACCUCAGAAAUUGAAACUGCUUUAACUGAACAUUUAGGUGUUUCCGAAAGUGCUGUUGUUGGUAUUCCAGAUGAAUUGACUGGUCAAUCUGUUAUUGCAUUUGUUUCAUUAAAAGAAGGUUACUUAGUUCAAGCUAAUGAAAAAAUAACUGAUUCAAAUGAACACAUCACUCCAGAUAAAUUAAGACGUGAAUUGAUUUUACAAGUUAGAGGUGAAAUUGGUCCAUUUGCUGGUCCAAAAACCGUUAUUAUUGUUGAUGAUUUACCAAAAACAAGAUCUGGUAAAAUCAUGAGAAGAGUCUUGAGAAAGAUAACAUCAAAUGAAGCUGAUCAAUUAGGUGAUUUAUCCACUUUAGCUAACCCAGAAAUCGUUAAAGAUAUAAUUGCUGCUGUUGAUGACCAAUUCUUCAAAUUGUUAAAGAAAUAG